AUGUCUGUUGUCGAAUACCGAGUUUUUCUGUAUCAGUUUAGCGAGGAAAUCGAUUGGCAAACUCAACGAACAAAGUUGAUAUUUAUCCUCAGAGCUUUCCUUCCUGACGGCUCGGAAGAACGUAUCACUGACAUUAAUUCGUUACUUACUACGCUGGAGGAGGAGAAUAUUCUUGGAAUUGAUCGUCUUAAUGUAAUGAAGGAACUAUUGAAGGGGAUAAGAAAGUGGGAUCUUCUUCGCACAGUAGAGCGAUUUGAAAUUAAGAGAAAGGAGUACAGACAAUUACUGGAGAAGAUAAGUCGCACAUUCGACAAGUCCAAUGAACUGCAACGACUCAUUUCAAUCUGCAGAGGAAAAUAUCUGAUAGCUCGCGAAAGCGAAGAAGAUAUCGUAGACGUGAAUGCGUUGUUCACAGUGUUAGAACAACAGAAUAAUUUAGGGAUAGAAGACCUCACUCUCCUGAAAACCUUAGCAAACGAGAUGAAGAAACCAGAUCUGUGCAGACUACUUGAGGAGUUUGAGAAGAGGAGAAAACAGGAAGAAGAUGCCGAGCGGGAGAGGAAAGAAUGGGAAGACAACAUGCGAAGAGUACGAGUUCAGACCGCUUUUGUUCUUGCUGGUGGAAUAAACAUUGGAGAAAGAGUAAUAGGAGUUGUCACACCUCACUGUACUUUCCGCAAUCUUACUGGUGGUGCUGUGGUCGUCACUACAUGGAUGGUCCUUCGCAGGAGUACCAGUGUGGAAGCAUUUGUCAAUGCUUUCAAAGAAGCUGUUCUUCCAAUUGGAACUUUCUUACGAGCACUUAGUGAAGGAUCGACCCGAUUUACGAUUCAAGCAGAAACUAUUUCUGCCCUUGAUGAACUAUGGCGAAGUUAUCAAGACGAAACGCUUCAGAAAAAUUUACAAGAGUUUCUUGUUACUGAGGAAAUAAAGCAGCUGGCAGGUGGUGAAGUUUCGUUGACUGUGCACAUCGACGAAGAUGAAUACAGUAAUGCUGUGUUGGAAUUAAUGGUACCAGAAACAGAAGAGCUGAAACUUGAAGAAAAGAGGGGAUUAAAGGAUCGAGCAAGUUCUGAUACAGACCUUCUGAAAGAACAAAACAUGGUCGCAGCUACUACAAAAGAUCUUUUUCCAGAGAGCGAAUUAUUUGUUGAAAAUCUUCCGAAGAAUUAUAGUGAAAUCACGCAAUCAAGCGAUAGUGGAAAAGGGACCUGGAGUGCUGCCUCGUCUGAAUGUGGAGUCGAGAAAGGACGUAAAAUUGUCAAAAUGAAGGAAGAAAUGGAGAGCAUCGAUAGCACUUUAGAAACCUUGAAAGUGAUAGAAAUGAAUGCAGGACCCAUUUUGAAAUCCUCAAGCAGUCCUGACGCCACUGCACAUCAACUGGCACGGUCUUUACAGUUAGAUGAAGGUUUUUUCCAAUCUGCAACCGCAGGGGGAAAAAUAGCUAUCCGUGUCUUAGCAGGUAAAGCCAAAGAUUUAGAAAGGAUGGACGUGUUUGAUUUAUUGAGACGAAUCGCACGAAAUGGAACAACAGCAACAGCUGAAAGAGAAAGUCCUCGGUUAUCUGAUAACAUGCUCGUCGAGGAGAUCCCGAUAAAAUUUAAAAAAGAGUUGACCAGACUUCUGGGAUGGGUAUAUUCCGGGAUUUCGGGUCUAAAAGGGGGAAUGGAUUUGAGACCACACCACAUGAUCCUCCUAAAUAGCGUCUCCGUAGUGGAUGUUAUCGCCAUGCGACACGGCUUAAGAACAGUGGAUGAUGUCCUCAAAAAUGGAGCGUUUCCAGGGAGCGAGCCAUUGCCUUGCGCCCAAACAGGAAUGGAAAUACGCCUGCCAAAUUUAACAAUACCCAUUAUGGAAACACUAGCACUUGACAAUGUAGAUUUUUCCAAGUUUGCCACGAAUUUAAAACCUCUGGAUGCAUCAGCUGACCUUACAGGUUGUAACAGAAAUGUUAGCGACAGGAGCUCUUUCCGGAGCCUUAGAAGCCGUAUACAAGUUUAUGAGUUUUCAUUAGAGUUAAAUGGAUCUUCGUACGGUGUUUAUGAGUAA